AAACUAAAAGGGGAUUUUCACUUGUGUGAAGUAACGAAGAACGUUUUAAAGCUCUAAAAAAAGCCAAACCGUCUACAACAAUGUUUGAUCAACAGCUUUCAAAGAGAACGGUGCAGAAUUUAAAGAAAUUUCAAGACUGGGGGGCGGUGCAGAAGGACAUCGAAGAUGUUCAAGCGUUGUUUUCAGCCACGAAGAUAGAAGCGCAGAGUAUGGGACCCUUGCAGGAGCAAACAGUGGAGAUGCAAGAGAAACUGAAGAAGGUGUUGCAGGACUUUAAAAGCUCUGUGAGCACCAUUGCGGAAGUGUCAUCGUCCUGUGAUGUACGUGGUACUAUAGAGAAAAUGGCACAGAACGUGGAAGCAGUGAAGGAAGAGUUCUUCCUCUACGAGUUCACUAUCAACACCAGCAUAAGCGAGAUGAAGAGGAAGAAGCAGGAACUGGAGGAGGAAAUCCAGGAGAAAAACGCCACCAUAAAGCAGAAGCAGCAGGUGAUGGAGCUCAAAGAGGAGCUGAAGAGAGAGACCGAAGAUGAGAAGCGGCAGGCGGAGAGCGACCGGCGCAGGUACGAGCAGCUGGCCGAGGAGCACGACCGCGAGCACGCCGUGGCCACCGCCGCCGCCGUCUCCACCUCGGUGGGCGGCGCCGUGGCCUCGGGUCUGCUGUUCUUCGUGCCGGUCGUCGGCCCUGUCCUGGCCGCGGCGACGCUGGCGGGGACGGUCACCGGGACAGCGGUGGCCUCGGUCAAGGCCGUGGAAUACCGGGACAAGAUGAAAGAGGCCGCAGAGAAAGAGAAAAGGACCAGAGACAAGAUCACCCGGCUGGCGUCCGACAUUCAGAAAAACAGGAACGCGAUUGAGGAGGAGACCAGGAAAAUCGCAGAGAUGCGCACGGAAAUAGCCACGUUCGAGAGAGUAACCCAAAAGCUGACGGAUUUCAAGAAGCGUCUCCACGGCGACGCUGGCCUCAGCCAGUUUGUGGAGGUGCUGGGCGAGUUCUUUGAGACCAUGCUAUUGGCACUGGGGAUUAUAAAACGGACAGAGGAAAUAUACCAUCGGACUUUAAAGAACCACAGUUCAAAGAGUAUGAUCAGUAAAAAAUUCCUUGAGAAAACAAAGUACCGCAGGGACUGCCUGAAGACCUUCAUGAGAGAUAUUGAACAGCUGGAGCUGGUGAGAGAAACCAAACCAGCCCUCAAGUGAGCUCCGCCCUGCCGGACCCCCUCGGAUUCUCUCCCGGCGCGGCCCCACGCUGCUGUGCUUCAUGCUGACUCUCUGGCUCGCCUCCCCCCCCAGUGCAUCAGUAUGGGGGUGCGCCUGUAACCCCACUUAGCUCUCGUAACUGCCUGUGUGCCUGCAGGCUGGGCUCUCUCGUGUGUGUGUGUAUGUAUUUCCUGAGGUGUGUGUGUUUCCUGAGGCUUGACCACUGGCUGGGCUCGUGUGUGUGUGUGUGUGUGUGUGUGUGUGUGUGUGUGUAUUUCCUGAGGCUUGACCGCUAGCUGGGCUCGUGUGUGUGUGUUUCCUGAGGCUUGACCGCUAUCUGGGCUCUUUUGUGUGUGUGUGUGUGUGUGUGUGUGUGUGUGUUUCCUGAGGCUUGACCACUGGCUGGGCUCGUGUGUGUGUGUGUGUGUGUGUUUCCUGAGUGCCUGGUAUAUUACACAGCAGAGGAAGGGUCAUGUCUGUGAAACUGCUUGUUAUUGUCUUGUUGCUUUGAGCCCUUUUCAAUGCAGUUGUAUCGACAGCUGGGGAGGGAUGAAGGCAGCCGACGAGACUGGCACCUGAUCCUGCACCCCCUCCUCUUCCUCGCUCGUGUGUGGGUCACCCCAACGUUUUCCCUACGUUCCAUAACCACUACUACCGGCACACAGACCCCGCCGCUGUCAUCCCCCGCCAGUACCCCUCUACUGGCUGAGCUUUCGGAGACGCGUCGUCCUCUCCACUGCGGCGCUGAGGGGGUCCGAGGCGAAGGGCCGGGCCUGGCAGUCAGAGGCGGGAGGAAGUGCCUGUUUUCACCCCUCCUCUCCAGCUACUCUUCUCUCAGCUGUCAGUCGGACGAUAACGAGGUGCUCGAGGGUUUUUACUUUGUAAGGACAAUAAAGUGAAACUCUUC